ACAAGAGGAUGUAUAAAAGAGAUGCCACCGACGACGACUGUAUUCAGUUCUUUUACGCUGUGCCUUAAGGAACUACAAUUGUUAUCUCUCAACAUGAAGACAUUGGUGAUCUUAGGAUUUUUGGUCGUUCUCUCUUCGGCUAAACCGCAAGGUGAUGAAAAAUCAGCAACCAUUUUAAGGUUUGAUAAUGAAAACAUUGGAGUUGAUGGCUACAAAUUUGGAUUUGAAACGAGUAACGGUAUCCAACACGACGAAGAGGGCCAAUUACAAAACGCCGGAUCCGAAAAUGAAUUGAUGCAAGCUCGCGGUUCUUUCAAAUACACCGAUCCAUCAAGUGGAAAAGUAAUUACCGUCACUUACACAGCCGAUGAAAAUGGUUACAGGCCCCAAGUGUCAAUAUCUUAGAAAGAAAGAUCCAAUUUAAUCUUUUAAUAAAUAACAGCUUGCUCAAAAAAGUAUGUAAUAAUAACGAUAAUAAAAAAAAAUGUAUUAAAAGUGAAACAAAAAGGAUGGAGAAAA